UGACCACUCUUCUAACUCCUUUUCUUCCAUAGCGUGCCGCGUGUAAGGUUUUGCAACGAGAAAAUAUUUUAAUUAUGGAGUCAGACGAAGAGCAUUUUAAUACUGGUGACUCUGGAGCAGCCGCAACGUACCAUCAAUGCUCAGCACUGCGCAAAAAUGGAUACGUGAUGCUUAAGGGACGCCCUUGCAAAAUUGUCGACAUGUCCACCUCGAAAACGGGCAAACAUGGUCACGCCAAAGUCCAUCUUAUUGGCAUUGACAUAUUUACAGAAAAAUAUGAGGAUAUUUGUCCCUCCACGCAUAAUAUGGAUGUGCCCCAUGUCAAACGCGAGGAUUAUCAACUCAUCACUAUUAGUGAUGAUGACUACCUUUCAUUGAUGACCGAAACUGGAGACCUCCGUGAGGAUCUCAAGUUGCCUGAGGGAACAUUGGGAACUACUCUGCGCAAUGACUCCGAUGCUGGCAAGGAUAUUCUUUGCACCGUAAUGAAAGCCUGCGGCGAAGAAUGCGUUAUUGCCAUCAAAAACAAUACUGCUCUUGAUAAAUAAAUACGUAUAUGAGAUACUGGGCAAUGAUGAGUCUGUUGUUCACCUAUUCAACAUAAAACUGGAAGAGUACAGAUAUAAUGAAGUAAUAUCAAUAAAAUGAUUCAACAAAAGAAA